AUGCGGGCGUCGGGCAUGGCGGUGUGGACGCGGGCCGGCAAGGCGGGGCUGCUGGAGCUGCUGCUGCGGGAGCGCUGGGUGCGCGUGGCGGCCGAGCUGAGCGGGGACCGGCUGAGCCUCAGCGGGGACGCGGAGCCGGAGCCGGAGGAGCGGGAGCAGCAGCGGGAGCAGCAGGCGCAGGAUCCGAACCCGGGCCCCGCCUCUGCCGGCGCCUCCAACGGGCUUCCGAACGGCGCGGCCGGCGUCCCGGGGGGCAGCCCCCCGCUGCGGCGGGUGCGGGUGGUGAAGCAGGAGGCGGGCGGGCUGGGCAUCAGCAUCAAGGGCGGGCGCGAGAACAGGAUGCCCAUCCUCAUCUCCAAGAUCUUCCCGGGGCUGGCGGCCGACCGCAGCCGGGCGCUGAGGCUGGGGGACGCCAUCCUGGCCGUCAACGGCACCGACCUCACCCACGCCACCCACGACCAGGCCGUGCAGGCCCUCAAGAGGGCCGGCAGGGACGUGCUCCUCGACGUGAAGUUCAUCAGGGAAGUGACACCGUAUAUCAAGAAACCAUCAUUAGUAUCAGAUCUGCCAUGGGAAGCGACCUCCCCCCAGUCACCAAGCCUUAGUGGCAGCGAGGAUUCUGGCUCUCCAAAACACCAAAUCAGCAUCAAGGAUAAGAAAGUCAUCCCUCUAAAAAUGUGCUUUGCUGCCAGGAACCUAAGCAUGCCAGAUCUGGAGAACAGACUGAUAGAACUGCAUUCACCUGAUGGCCGAAAUACUUUGAUCUUGCGCUGCAAGGACUCUGCCACCGCACACUCCUGGUUCAUUGCUAUCCACACGAACAUAAUGGCUCUCCUCCCACAGGUGUUGGCUGAACUCAAUGGUAUGCUUGGUACCGGGAGUGUCACAGGAGGCUGCAAGGAGGUCAAACACAUUGCUUGGCUGGCAGAACAGGCAAAACUAGAUGGAGGAAGGCAACAUUGGAGACCCAUCCUCAUGGCUGUGACAGAGAAAGAUUUGCUGCUUUAUGACUGCAUGCCAUGGACAAGGGAUGCCUGGGCAUCACCAUGUAAUAGCUAUCCUCUCGUGGCUACAAGGUUGGUUCACUCUGGUUCCGGAUGUAGGUCACCUUCUCUUGGAUCAGACCUCACGUUUGCUACAAGAACGGGCUCUCGACAGGGUAUUGAAAUGCAUAUGUUCAGGGUGGAGACCCAUCGGGAUCUGUCCUCCUGGACCAGGAUACUUGUUCAGGGUUGCCAUGCUGCUGCGGAAUUGAUAAAGGAGGUCUCUCUAGGCUGCACAUUGAACAAUCAGGAGGUGAAGCUCACAGUCCAUUAUGAGACUGGUUUCACUAUCUCCAGAGAAGGUGGUGGCACUAUCAGUGUGCUUUUCCGCUACCCCUUUGAAAAAUUGAAAAUGUCAGCGGAUGAUGGUAUCAGGAAUCUCUAUUUAGACUUUGGUGGCCCCGAGGGAGAGCUGACGAUGGACCUGCACUCCUGCCCUAAGCCCAUCGUUUUUGUGUUGCACACUUUCCUGUCUGCCAAAGUCACUCGCAUGGGACUGCUUGUUUAAGAAGCAGAAGGCAGUGAGAGCCCUGAACAUCACACCUAGCAUCUCCGGUUCAAAAAUGACAAGCACAGAAGAAAUCCUUCGCCAUCUCCUGAAGCAUCAGUGCCUUGACAAGGACCUACAGCUCUCUGCUGAACUAUAACUGUGUUCAAGGAAAAGCCUACAAAAUGCAAAAGCCAGGAAUUCCAGCUUGGAAUUUGGGAGGCAUAAAGAAACUACUUUGUGCAGAAAUGACCUGCUGCCAAGUGUUCAGUCAUUUAACUAUGCUUUGAUUUCCCCCCUGAGGGGUUGGUUUAUAGUUUUACUUUCUGAACACUGCCCCCUUAUACAAGAGACUUCUCCCUUUCCUCUUCCUGAAAACCAAGGAUGGCAUUUAUUAGUUUCACACUGCAUCGACCACCUGACAUUGUCAUACAGCAAUUGAUGUAAUUGGGCUCAACCCCUGGGCUCAUAACCAACAUGGUUUAAAAAUGUUUCAGAGAGCUCACAAGCUUUUAUGGGAGCCUUUCACCUACUUCUUUUCACCUUAUACGAAACCACGGGAGCUCACCAUCAAGACUUCCUUCCACUUUGGCUGGCUUUUACUCAAUCCCAUUGCUCCCACUAUAGCAAAUGCCUUUGCCCCCUUUUUACUAUUGGAUUGACUUGAGGAUUCGGUAUCUACAAAGUUUUAAUGAGGUGUGCCCUGUGUUUCAAAUCAGCUGCCAGUUGUAAAAAGCUUGAAGAAUGUAGUGUUACAUGAAGAGACACUCAUUUUAAGGUUUUUUUUCUGAUUUAAUUUAAGUUGGGGGGAUAAGGUUAGUCAUUUAUGGUGUGAAGCACACUUUAAAAAAACACACCUUAUUUUAUCCUAAACCAUUUUUUAUUGCUUACCAAAUGUGCCUUUGGUUCGGGUGAAAAGAGUUUUAUUAAUUGCACCAAGUGGAUACUACUACUGCCAAUGCAAAAAGAUCCAUAGGUGGUUUUUGUCACAGUAUGUUUUUCAACUGGCGUAUCCCAAUUAGAAAGACAAGUUGUUCGGUUUCAGCACAAGCAGUGUGAGCAGGUGCCACACAUACACACACACAUACACGUGGCCACACACAGACUCUCCAACUCCUGUUAUGGCUUCAGAGUGAAAUGGAGGAGUGAGUAAUGAUCCGCUCUUUCUUUCCAGCAGUUUGAAAACUUAUCUUUCUGCCAGUGAUGUAGCUCAGAGUGUGGCCAUGCCAGUGAGCCUACAAAGAAACUCCCUCUAGCAUUCUUCAAAUAUUGCUAGGUGUUUGAGGGGGAUAAUUUUGUGUCACUUUGGAGAAUACUUCUACUUUGUUUUUCAGAAGAUGGUUGUAAGCCUGGUACUGUAUAGAAAAUGGUCGUUAUCCAAAAGAACAAUAUUUGUUAUCUCAGACCUUGGAUAUAAAUUGUGGGCUGUGUUAAAGGGCUAAUAACUAAAUUAGAUGUCUUUUCUCUGAUAGGAAAUUUGAUCAGAUUCAGCAAAUGUAAGAUCUAUCUUACAUUUGCUGAAUCUGAUCAAAAGAUCUCUGAAGGUGAAGCAAAGGGGUCUCAUUUUGCUAGUUUAAUGCUUUUGUGAGGCCCAUCUUAGUUGCUGACGGUGGUAAUUGGGAAGGCCACUUUAAAGGGUCUUGUGUUGAACAGAAAAUGUUAGCCAUGUGUAUUUUCAUGGCAGGACAACGGAACUAUAUAUGUGGGAUCAGUUGGAGGCUGGCGCUUUUGUGUAGGCUCACAGUCCGAGAGGAUCUAUAUGGAAAAUAUCAGGCUCCUGGGUAGGGCAGGGUUAGCUGGCAUCAGCUAUCUUAUCCAUUGCCUACUUGAAAAUCCUUCAAGAAAGGUGAAAAUUCAAAGGAAGAACCUAAAUAAUUAGGAGUUCUGGGAGCUGGAAUUCUUUAUUUUCCUAGAUGGAAUCUCUGUAUUUUGUUAAACUGAUUUCAGUGUGGUUUAGUGGAUAGAGC